AUGGUGGGGAUUGUGCCAGCUCCUCAUAUAGGAAUUAAAACACAAAGACAAGAAUUCAGCUUGGGACUUCCCAAGGACUUCCCCAAGCAACACUUCGCCAUAAGACAUGUGGGUACCAAGGCUGAGAAAACUYCUGGUGCUGCUGUUGUCGUCACUGAGAACAGCCAAGAUGCGCAAAGCGUCCCUCUCCCCCUCGUGGAGAGUGGUUUAUCCCAGCACGGCCGCAGCCCGGCCGCGGGGCGGGGCUACCCUCACAAGAAGAAGAAACCCUUCAUAGAGAAGAAGAAAGCUGUAACAUUUCACUUAGUGCACAGAAGUCAGAGGGAUCCGCUUGCUGCUGAUGAUACUGCACCCCAGAGAGUGCUGCUGCCCACCCAGAAAGGACAUGAAGAGUGGAGAAAGGAAGAGCAGCGGAAGUACGGAGUGUUCUUUGAUGAUGACUAUGACUAUUUGCAGCAUCUGAAAGAAGCAUCUGGUCCUUCUGAGCUUGUGCCUUCUGUGCGUGGUCACCAAAACCGAAUUGUGGUGACAAAUGAGGGACAUAUAGAGGACGAGAUUCAGCAGAUUGCAGCCCCAUCUAUUAAGUUGCCUUCUUCAGUGUUUGCCACAGAGUUUGAAGAGAAUGUGGGCUUGUUAAAUAAAGCUGCUCCUGUUUCAGGGCCACGACUGGAUUUUGACCCUGAUAUUGUUGCAGCCCUUGAUGAUGAUUUUGACUUCGACAAUCCAGAAAAUAUUCUGGAAGAUGAUUUCGUUCUGCAAGCAAAUGAACCAAAAAAAGGUGGUUCAGAUGCUGAGGAUGAAGAUGAGUGGGAAGAUGUAGAGGAGGAUGGUGAUGAUAAGGACGAUUGUAGUAGUGAUGAAGAUUGUGAUUCAGAAGGCCSUUUAUCGGAAGAUGGAGUUAAUGGACAGAUGAAAGAGUUUCUCUUCAUGCAAGAAGAAACCAGGAGUCGGUUCACAGAAUAUUCUAUGACGUCUUCAGUAAUGAGAAGGAAUGAACAAUUAACCUUAUUGGAUGACAGAUUUGAGAAGUUUUUUGAACAAUUUGAUGAAGAUGAGAUUGGAGCUUUGGAUAAUGUGGAAUUAGAAGGCUAUAUUAACACUGACAAYGCUCGGUUACAAGAAGUCCUGAAUGAUUACUACAAAGAGAAAGCAAAAAACUGUGUGAAACUGGAUACUCUUGAACCCUCUGAAGAUAUAGACUCUCCUGUUAAUGAAGAUAGUGAAGAAGAAAAGGAAGAAACAGUAGCUCUAGUUAUUGAAGAAUCCAAAGAAAAGUGGGAUUGUGAAUCGAUUUUGAGUACAUAUUCAAACUUGUAUAAUCACCCCAAGCUUAUUGAGGAACCAUCUAAGCCCAAACCAAUCAAAAUAUCCCAGAAGACUGGAAUUCCUCUACACAUCUUGCCUCAGAAAGGUCUUACAGCUAAGCAAGUGGAACGCAUGCAGAUGAUCAAUGGCAGUGACCUGCCGAGAGCAGCAACACAGCCACGUUCCAAAAAUGAGACCAAAGAGGAUCGUAAAGCGAGAAAGCAGGCAAUAAAAGAAGAACGAAAGGAACGUAGAAUGGAGAAGAAAGCCAACAGACUAGCUUUCAAAUUGGAGAAAACAAGGCAAGAAAAAGAGCUGCUCAAUCUCAGACGGAAUGUCCAAGGACUGAAACUGUCUUAAUGAAACCAGGGAGCUUUUGUGGUGCUUACCUUUUUAUCUGCCUUGAAAAGGGAACUGAUACCUUACAGGUUUAGUAGUCAUGCACAAAAAAGAUAUUCAGMUAUUUCUGUAACGAGAUCCAGCAACUUGUCCUUCUUUAUGAAGUUAUGCAUUCUGAACUGAAAUUAAACAAUGUAAUAAUAUUGUUGUGUUUUGUCAUGAAUGACAUGACAGCUAUUGAGAAUCUGCAUUAUACCAGAUAAUGUAUAAUAAAAAGAAAAAUAUUUUUCUAUGUGGCUAUCGCUGAACUAAAUUUCAUGUUUGUUGAAUAUAUUCUGCAAAUCAGCAGAAUUCUGCAGAUUUGACCUACUUGAACCCUUCUGUUGUUAUUUGAGUUCCUACAGAYCUAUAUGUGCAGUUGUCUUCCUUCCAUUAUAGUGAUGUGUAGGCAUAGUGCCUUGAUCCAGCAGUCUCAUAAUUCAACAAAUU